UCUUCGCCUUAUUAUAUUUUUUAAAUAAAAAUUAAUAAAUCUAUACAAUGAAAAUUCACUGUUUAAAAAGAAAUUAUGUCGUGUUCAUCCUUCUUUGGAUUGUUCUUGGCGAUGUGCAGGGUACAAAAAUUGUUAAUUGUGAGCAGUACGUUUGUAGGCCCGAAGUGAGCCUGCUUCAAGAUUAUGUUGGCAUUAACACCUCGCCGGGGAGAGAUUUAAGGUCGGCCGUUGAUUUUUUAAGAAGGUUAGGAGAUAUACAGAACAUUAAAGUGACCGUGUACGAGGUAAGGCCGAACUAUCCUGUGGUCAUAUUCAAGUGGCCCGGCCAAGAUCCUGAGCGACGCAGCAUUCUUCUUCUUUCUCAUAUGGACGUCGUUCCCGCGUGUUAUGAGGAUGGUUGGACUUAUCCCCCGUUCGCUGGUGCAAUCAAUGACCAAUGUGAAAUUGUCGGGCGCGGCACUCAAGACAUGAAAUCUUUUACAAUCCAAUACUUUCUAGCUCUCAGAAAUCUGAAAAAAAAUAACAUAAAACUGCUUCGGAAUGUCUAUAUGGUUGUCACGCCUGACGGAGCGGUUGGAUCAUUGAACGGCAUAGUGCCGUUUCUAGAAUCUGAUACAUACAAACAAUUGAAUGUGGGGUUUGUCUUAGACAGAAGUAUCCCUAAUCCAAAUAAUGAAAUAUAUAUAUUUAAUAGCGACAAAACAACACUCGUGUACCGUAUUGACUGUUACAACCCAUCAACUUCUAGUGCAUUCUUGCCAACUAUUGAAGCAACCGCAUAUGGAAAGUGCUCAAAUUUCUACAGAUCAGUACGAUAUUACAGACAACAGCAAUUUAAUAUAUAUAUAAAAACAACAAAUCCUGGUGAUUAUACUGUGAUAAAUUUAGUUGGAGAUCGGAGUCUUAUAAUAUACAGCACGAUACCAGCGCAUGUGGCUUCAUAUUACAUAGUCUACUUGGCACAUAACACCUCGGUGGCUAAUUUCAACAAAAUAAUACGUGGUUGGGCGUCUCAGGCGGAAGGAAAUGUCACGGUUAGUCUUGUUUAUUCAAGAAGAAGAACAUAUAUUACAAAAGUAAAUCGUAGAAAUCCUUAUUGGGUGGCAAUUAAUGAAACUUUUAACGAUCUAAAUAUAUCAAUAAAUCAGACAUCAGGCUACACUACAACUGACAUAACCUUUGUCGUUGGAACUGGUGUACCAGGAUUUGGUAUAACACCUCAGCGGAAUACACCAAUUUUGGUGAACGGAAUUAACGAAAGGUUAUCGCUACCAGUCUUUUUCGAGGGUAUCAAAAUUUAUGAGAGAAUUUUACGCCGUAUCGCGAAUUUACGUGAUAGCCAGGUCAAUGACGAUCCUACUGUUUAUUUGACAAAACCACGUGUUUUAUAAAAUAUCGUUGUUACACAUGUGUGCGACAGCAAACAAUAAUAAAUGUAAUGUUUUGGGACUGACAUGUUCAAAAGAACGUAAGUCCCUUACUAAAAACAGAGAAAAAAAUGUAAUAU